GGGCUCGGAGCCGGCCGCCGCUCCGCUCCGAUCGCUGUGGGGCUCGGUUUUUUGGGGGUGGGGGGGCGGGGGGGCUCAGAUAUGGAGGCAAAUGGGAGCCAAAGCACCUCGGGCAGCGCCAACGACUCCCAGCACGACCCCGGUAAAAUGUUUAUCGGUGGACUGAGCUGGCAGACCUCACCAGAUAGCCUUAGAGACUAUUUUAGCAAAUUUGGAGAAAUUAGAGAAUGUAUGGUCAUGAGAGAUCCCACUACGAAACGCUCCAGAGGCUUCGGUUUCGUCACGUUCGCAGACCCAGCAAGUGUAGAUAAAGUAUUAGGUCAGCCCCACCACGAGUUAGAUUCCAAGACGAUUGACCCCAAAGUUGCAUUUCCUCGUCGAGCGCAACCCAAGGUGGAUCAGGUAAGGAGGUCAAGUCAGGACAGAGGCUGGAAGAUGGUCACAAGAACAAAGAAAAUCUUUGUAGGUGGAUUAUCUGCGAACACGGUGGUGGAAGAUGUGAAGCAGUAUUUCGAGCAGUUUGGCAAGGUGGAGGAUGCAAUGCUGAUGUUUGACAAAACGACCAACAGGCACAGAGGGUUUGGCUUUGUCACUUUUGAGAAUGAAGACGUUGUGGAGAAAGUCUGUGAGAUUCAUUUCCAUGAAAUCAAUAAUAAAAUGGUAGAAUGUAAGAAGGCUCAGCCGAAGGAAGUCAUGUUCCCACCUGGGACAAGAGGCCGGGCCCGGGGACUGCCUUAUACCAUGGAUGCUUUCAUGCUUGGCAUGGGGAUGCUGGGCUACCCCAACUUUGUGGCAACCUAUGGCCGCGGCUACCCUGGAUUUGCUCCUAGCUAUGGCUAUCAGUUCCCAGCCCUAUUACCAUAUUUAAAUGCAAGCUUCCCGGCAGCGGCUUAUGGACCCGUGGCGGCGGCAGCGGUGGCGGCAGCACGAGGAUCAGUCCUGAAUAGCUACAGUGCUCAACCGAAUUUUGGCGCGCCCGCUUCCCCGGCAGGCUCCAACCCGGCGCGGCCCGGAGGCUUCCCGGGGGCCAACAGCCCAGGACCUGUCGCCGAUCUCUAUGGCCCUGCCAGCCAGGACUCCGGAGUGGGGAAUUACAUAAGUGCGGCCAGCCCACAGCCGGGCUCAGGCUUCGGCCACGGCAUAGCUGGACCUUUGAUUGCAACGGCCUUUACAAAUGGAUACCAUUGAGCAGGCGCUUUCGUUACCAUCUCACUCUGAGAGCAUACCUGGAUGUCCAGGCAAGACUGGGCGAAGUUUCUGAGUGGCCCUUUGUUUAGGUGAUGUCAUCAGACCUGUUCCCCCACCAGCCUCACUCCCCAUCCCAACCAGAGAUGGCUCACUUCGGAUCGAGGGUUGACUGCAUCUCAUCAUCUCAUGAAUCUGCUGUAAUAUAAGACAACAGCUUUUAAAUGUGUAUAUAUCCCAUGAUUUUGGUUUUGUUUUAUUUUUGUUUUUCUUGAUGGUUUCCCUCCCUCUUCUCUCUUCCCCCUUCUCCUUUUAAGUCUCUUCAGAUCACAUUUGGUAGUGAUUUUGACUUAGUGCAGUAGUCAUAUAGCUUUAAUAUCUAGUUAAAAGCUAACCAUAGUAUAAUUGUUAUAUCAAGGUAUUAUUUUUUUCUUAAAAAAAAUUUUUUUUUUGCUUGUUUUAAUUCUGUUCUCACUUUUCAAGGAUGCUGAGAUGGUAAUAUUACUCUCAAUAUUUUGGUACCAAUUCUGAGACUGUAUGAAUUUUCAGGUGGCAUUUGAGCACACACAGAAGCGAGGUUGUGAAAUAUGGAGCGGGAGGUGGGCGUCGACUUUCUACUUUGCAUUGUAUAAGAAGUGAGAUGUCGUAGGCUAAUUAACAGACUAUAGCGGUUCUUUUUUUGUGCUGUCUCUUUGUUAACCUAAGUAUAUCUAUUUUCGGCAAUAAGGUAAGGACGACGAUGUUUUGAGUGUCCUCCUUUUCUAUAAGUGCUUUUUUUCUGUUGAAAGAGGUGAUAUUAUAAGGUUUUUUGCAGUUGUGAAUUCUAAAAAAAGAAAUGUUGUAAAUACAAUUCCAUUAACUACAUAGAAACUAUUAAGAAAGAGAGAAUCAAAAAUAUUUUUGUGAGGGAGUCGGUCUCCGGCAGUUUGAUGCUCUGUGGAUGGAGGAGGGGAGGAACAAUGACCAAGUCAGUGACUGAGACCGAAGAACACCCAGCUGCCAGGCCGACCCCGCGACAAGUUAGAACACUGGUUAGCUCCUCUUGUCUGUGUGAUAGACCUAAGAACUGUAUUAGUGUCAUACCAGCAUAUUAACCUCUCGUCUGUGCACAGCUUCCAACGUUACCGUCUAGUUAGAUUUUUAUUUAAAAUAUGAAAAACUGCUUUUCCCAAGACGUUUUUUAAAAACAAAGCUACAAUUUUAAUAUUUAACAUAUUUAAUGUUUCAAAGCACACCUGUUUGGCUUGGGUGGGGAGGGGUGGGGGGACAUCCUUUUUCAGUCUUAAUUUUUAAAUAUUUGAUCAUUUUCUAUUGUCCAAUCAUUUCAGCACCUCCAAAGGUCCCUAGGACACUUUGCCUCUCUUCUUCCCCUGUUCCCAUCCGCCCCCAGCUCUGGGGGCCUGUGGGCCAGGAGUGGAUAAGCCUGCAUUAAUGAAACCUUUUCUCCAUUCACUUUCUAUUUACCAAUUAGGAAAGCAACCUUUUGGUUUUGGUUUUUUUUUUUUUUUUUUUUUUUUUUUUGAUACCUCAGUGCUGCAAGUAUCACCAGAGAGGCUAUGGAAGAAUUUUUUUUUAAUUUAUUGUAGAUGUAAACAGAAUUUUAAAAAAUAAAAAGUAUAAACAUCGCUGCACUGUGACUGGUGGGAAAAACUGACCGUUUCCUAUUUGCACAUGUUUAACAUUUGGCUGUUAUAAUAUAUGGUCCUCAGAUGGGGAAAGAUACUUAUGAUGAAGGAUAUUUUUUAAUUUAACUUU